AAGCAAUUUCGUUAUUAAUCUCAUCGCAGUGUGUCCGUGCAGAUCUCGAGCACUAGCAUCUCAGGACUUCGCGUCAGUGCUCGGUUGGCAAAGUUUUAAACUGUGGACUUUUAACGUGAAUUCUAUUUGUUGAAUAUUUUGAACGAUUGAUUCUAGAACAAAAAGUGCAGCAAUGAUUAUGUUCAGUGUGAUUUCCAUUCUGGUAGUGGCAGGAGCAGUCAUUGCCGAACCACCAAUUAGCGCAGGCUACUCCUAUUCUGGAGGCCACAGUGACUCCUACUCAGGUGGUGGUGGUGGAGGUGGUGGUCACAGCCACGGCCACGGUGACUCCGAUGGUGGAUACAUCUCCGUCAGCCCAGGACAUCAAUCUUCGGAAGGCCUCCAUGUAGACCAUCAUCUGUUGCACAAAGUGAAGGAAGUACUUCUGGAACAUGAGAACACCCAUUCCGGAUCAUCUUCCUUCGGUGGACACUCAUCGCAUGGCGUAUCGGUGCCAUCAACCUCGUACGGUGUUCCAUCGUCAUCUUAUGGAUCACCAUCACAUUCAUACGGACCACCAUCUCCAGUCUACGGUGUCCCAUCAUUUGGAGGACAUUCUUCGCGCGUGACUGGAAUCGAUCUUGGUCAUGUCCGUCAGGGAAUCCAGGUUGCUCAGUACUACAAGGCUCAAGCAGGACCAUCCUAUUCCUCGCAUUCAUACUCAGCACCAUCUUACUCCUCGCACUCUGCUCCAUCAUUCGCUUCUCAUUCCUACUCGGCUCCAUCCUCCUCAUACGGAGCUCCAUCUCUCAGCUCUUCUCACUCCUUCUCUGCUCCGUCCCUGUCUUCACACUCGCACUCUUCGCAUGGCUCUUUCUCGCUCCCAUCCUCCUCGUAUGGUGCCCCAUCCUCCUCGUACGGUGCCCCAUCCUCCUCGUACGGUGCCCCAUCCUCCUCGCACGGUGCCUUAUCCUCAUCUUACGGUGCCCCAUCCUCCUCGUACGCUGCACCAUCCUCAUCGUACGCUGCACCAUCCUCAUCGUACGGUGCCCCAUCCUCCUCGUACGCUGCACCAUCCUCAUCGUACGGUGCCCCAUCUUUCAGCAGCGGCAGCAGCCACCACCGUGCUCCAGCUGCCGUCUACAGUGCUCCAGUCCACUCGGUCAGCUCCUUCCGUCCAUCAGCAACAGUUUUUCAUGCUCCAGCUAGCAGCUACCAUGCACCAGCUCCAGUGUACUCUGCUCCACGACCAGUUUACGGAGUACCCCAUCACCACUAAAUGCUGUCAUCUCAACGAAAACAAAUUCUAAGUCAGUCUAUAUGUUUGAGCUAAUUUAAUCAUUUUGCACUUGUUUUCACGCUC